UGCAGUUCCUCCUUGGAGCCCAGAGCGACCGCACCGCCAACUUGGCCCGCCAGUGCUGCCCCUGGCGGCGACCGAGGUGACUCUCUGUCCAGCUCCUCGACAGGAGACACUGCUGCUGCCGGCCAUGUCCUGCGGAGCGGCCUCGCCGAUGGAGGUCCUGUAUGUACUUCUGCUGGGAUCCUGCCUCGCGUCGGCUUCCAAGGACGACGACACCGUGUGCGCGCUGCUGGAGCAGUUCGACGGCUCCAAGGACUGGGCGGCGCUGAGGCGCGGGCUGGAGGCUGCGCUGGACCAGCGAGGCCUGGCGCGCAGGCAGAUCCGCGACGUGUCGGGGGCGGACGGCCGGCCCUUGUGGUGGGUCGGCUACGGCGGCCACCGGGAGCUGGCGGCGGUGCUGGCGCGCGGCGCUAGGGGCGCGAACCUCGAGGACGCCAGCGGGGCGACCCUGCUGGGCGGGGCGGCGCGCGGGGGACACGACCUGCUGGUGGCGGAGCUCCUGGACCGCGGCGCGGACAUCGAGGCCCGCACCGGCAGGUACAACUCGACGCCGCUGCUGCUGGCGGUGUGGGGGGACCACGACAGCACGGCGCGGCUGCUGACGGCGCGCGGGGCGGACGCGCACGCGGCGGAGCAGGGCGGCGUCACGACGCUGCACGCGGCGGCUUACGAGCGCAACCUGGGGCUGGCGGCGCACCUGGCCGGGCUGGGCGCGAGCGUCGCGGCGCGGGACUGGCGCGGAGACUCGCCGCUCGACGUGGCUCGGCGCCGACAGGCCCCGGGUCUGGCGGGCUACCUGGAGCGACUCCACAACCAGGCAGGGGCGUAGGAACCGGGGGGGACAGGGGGGGACGUGUCCCCCUGAACUUUUUGGGUGUAGGGGACUGUCCCCCCCCCUAACUUUCUAGACCAUGAUAUUUUUAUUUUAUAAUAUUAUUCUGCCCAACUUUUUUUGUAAUUUCUUCACGCAUCAAAUUUUAUCUUAAGGAAACAAUAAUAAUUUGAAAUUCGAUGUAUCCAAUGGUUGGAUACAAAAACUGCUUAAAAAGUGCUAUUUUGCACUUUUAAAAUCAAAAUUUUCCGGUGGAGGACCCCCGGACUCCCCGUCUUAGUAAGAGGGGAAUGGGUUUACAUGACAUCAAAAUCAUUAUUUGUCCCCCCCCCCCCCCCCAACUUUAUGAACACAGUUACGCCAAUGCAACCAGGGUGUACACAGUUAGUACUUUCGUACUAGAUCCAGUACUUUUAUAACUUUUUUAGCGGUUUAGUACAGAUCUAGUACAUUUUUCUUUAAUAUAAUAAUAUUACUGUAACUCCAAUAUGUUUUAUUAUUAAGCGUAAUUAUUAAAAAAAAAAAUAUGGAAUGUACGUGUGUGUGCGAUGUGAUAUAUUUAAGUUCGAACAUUGCAAUGUCAUAAUAACUUCCUAAAUUGUUAAAAAAAACCAUAACAAAUUAUAAUUUAGUACUUUUUUUUUCUUUCAAAUCUAGUACUUUUUUUUUAUUGCCUAAGUUGGUACGAAAUAUUUUUUUUUCCAUUGUGGACACCCUGUCUACAACUAGCCCGGCGACCAGCUCCUACGUCUGUCUGAGAGGAGACCCCGCUGGUGCUUCUAGCGCGGUACAUCUCCCCUUCCUGAAACUGGCGCGCAGCCUUCGAGCGGUCACUGUUAACAUCACACGGCGGAGAAACGAACGUGAAUGCGUUCUUUCAAGAAUCCGUACCGGGUGUGUUUCACGUCUUGGGCGUUUUUUUUUUUUUCCCCUUCACUCUCCAAAACAUACAGCUUAAAUGAUUCUCUUCAUGAACAAGACACCGCUCUUCGGGAUGUCUCGAGUUGUUUUGAAAUCGCGUAGUUUUUUUUCUGGAACUCUGCCCGACGCGCGUGUGUGUGUGUGUACCCGGGUAGGCGGGACCAUCCCAGCACACUCCUGAGAUGAGAUAUCCAAAGGAAAAACACGGGGAAACACGGAAACCGCGACCUGGUCCCGGUUCACCAAUUAUUCAGGCAAAAACCGGACACACAGAAGUAUUCAGGCAAAAACGGACACACAGUGGCCUUACUUCGACGAGAGAGUUGUAACAAAAAAAAAAACAGAAAAUCCAGAUAAACAACAACCUUGGACAACACAACAACAAACAGACGAAUCCAACGAUGAUACAAAACAGAUAUUCCGGAAAACACAACGACGGCGACACGGUUUGUGCCUAAUGACAGGAAUAGUAUAUCAGUCCCUUUAACCUCGCAACUAUUUUGUCGUAGGAAGCCUACUGUGAUUUUAUAUAUAUAAAUUUAUUGUCACAAAUACUGCAUUAAUUUUGCUCUAAUAUCUUCCAAACUGAUACUUAAAAUAUAGUAAUGGAAAAUCUCGGCCUAGUUCGUCAAUGAGCAAAAUCCGCCAAAGCGGUACAAAUGGGUAAGGUUUUUUGAAAACACAAAAUCGCUAUAUAAUCCCAUAAUAUGAAUAAUAUCACAUCCGUUUGAACGUUUUAUAACUUGUAGAAGUAAUACCAAAACCUUCAGUUUAAAUAAAUUUUUGAUACAACUCACCAUAUUUGCAUCUGGAGGAAAAAAAACAUGAGUUGAAGGACAAAAAAAUUUCAAACUUCCAGAAUCCGUUAAAAUUGUUUGUUAGCCUUAUAAAUAUUAUCUAAAACUUAUGCCUGAAAUUUUUUUUUAAUCAAUCAACCAUUGCUGCACAGGGUGGAAUUAACAUGGGUUGAAAUACAAAAUAUUCAUAAUUCCCUUAGUACGCACACCAUCAAGCCUUUCAAAUUGUUUGUAAAUCUUAUAGUUUUUAUCUAAAUCUUUUGUCUGAAACAAUUUUUGAUUCAACCAACCAUUGCUGCUAAGGGUGAAAUAAACAGGGGUUAAAGGAAAAUUUUUUUCAAUAACUCCAUAAUUAGGUAAACUAUAAAACUCUAAAAAUUAAUUGUAAAUUUUCUAAAAAUUGUGUCAAAUUAUGUGAAACUAUUUUCGACAAGAUAAACUAUUACUGCAAGUGGAUGAAAAAACUAGGGGUUGGAAUAAAACAUAUUGAUGAGACUUCCGUACCAUGUACACAGUGGCGGACCUAGACUCUGCGGGGCCCUGGACAAUUUAUUUCAGCGGGGCCCUUGUAUCUCGGAGAGGGGGGAGGUGGGGUCUUAUCAGACUGGAGUAUGGAAUACCACUGAGGAAAGGGGGAUUUGUGGUCACUCUCCCGGAAAAUUAGAAAAUUAAACUUUUGAGUUUACAUUGAACCUAAAUUUCGACGAUGGUAAAGAAAUUUUCUUUCGUGGAAAUUGUAAUUGGGUUAGUUUUACUAAUGCAUACAAUUUAAUUCUGGUGAAAUCUGGUCAUUUUAUAAGUCUAUAAAAGCUGUGAGUAUUUUUAAAAGUGAAAUCAUAAAAAAAAUUAAAAAAAAUCAAAAGCAAAAACAAACAAAAAUAAUAUUUCCCUUUUUUCAUUUACAUACAUACAUACAUACGAUAUUUUUUUCACAUAAAAUAAAAUUAUACAAAGAAGAAGAAAAAAACGAAAAUAAAAUAAACACUUGCUCUUUUCGUGAGACUUGAGCACCUCGGAUAGAUGCUUCCAGUCAUUUAUACCUUCAUUAGAUCCAAGGGCACUGUUGGGAUUAGGUCUUAGAGGUCUUACACCCUGCCCCCGUACUAGGGAGGUCCGGCCCCCCCCCCCCCCACCGGAAAAAAUUUUGAUUUUAAUGUGCAAAUUGUUGCUAUUUAAGCACUUUCGUAACUAAAAUAUUGGAUUUAAAUAACAUAAAUUUGUGUCCCGACUUUAUGAUAUUUUCAACGAGACACUGUUGAAAACUCAUUGCUGAAUAUUAAGAGUUAUCGGCUCAAGGGUUCUUUCUUAGUUUCAUCUAAAUGCAUUUGCAACAGCUAGACAAGUGUAAAUUUUGUCUAAGUACAUACGAGGUUUUUUUUUUCAACAUCCGAUCGGCUGUAAUAAAAAAAACGGGAAUGAAUUGGGAAAUUAUUUUUAUGUCAAAAGAAACGUAUAUAUUUACUCUAUUUUUCCACAUAAUCACCGUGCAGAUUGAGGCAUUUGUCGUACCGAUGCACCAGCUUUCCAAUACCCUCUGCAUAAAAUGAUGCCUCCUGCCUAUUCAGCCACGUUUUAACAGUGCCCUGCAGUAUGAUUACAGUUUCAUUUCUCCAUGGCAUGCCCAUUCAUCGAUACCCUAAUCGCUCGUACACGAAUUGACACGUCUCGUAGUGUUUAUCCCCGUCCACCAACCAUGUGGAGCGGCCAACUCACACCUCAGUUGUGUUUGAUCACCCUCCUUACAGUCCGGAUUUGGCACCGAAUGACUCACCUUUUCCCCACGUUGAAAAAGUGGCUUGGAGGACGACGCUUCAACACCAAUGAUGAACUGCAGAGCACUGUUAAAACGUGGCUGAAUAGGCAGGAGGCAUCAUUUUAUGCAGAGGGUAUUGGAAAGCUGGUGCAUCGGUACGACAAAUGCCUCAAUCUGCACGGUGAUUAUGUGGAAAAAUAGAGUAAAGAUGUACGUUUCUUUUGACAUUAAAAUAAUUUCCCAAUUCAUUCCCGUUUUUUUAUUACAGCCGAUCGGAGGUUGAAAAAAAAAAUAACCCUCGUAUAUAUAUUUUUAAUAUUUCGGGGGGUGUUUGGACACCCAAAACACCCCUUCUGGCUAUGCCCCUGGUGGCGCGCUAUUCGAACACAACCACCCGACCACGUACUCAAGACAGAGCGGCUGCCAGUACGGGAAGUGGGACGGGGGGUGAGGGGAAAGGUGGCGGAGUCUGACCAUACUUCUGGGCGCAGGCUCGGUUGACGUCACUACUUAGUAAACACGUAUGUGGUUAAGAGUAAGAUAAGGUCACUUCAAAAAAUACAAUAAGAUAAAUAUCGCACCCUGAGUACAAGACUAUCGUAACUCAAAAAUCAGUGCAAUACUAUCACAACUCAGAUGCCACAGUCUUGCACAUAUUCUUAUAUAAUGUUUUCCAGAGUGCAACACUACAUUAUUUGCCAUAAGUUCCGUAAAAGUAAAUAUAAUAUUGCGAUAGUCUUGCAGUGCCUAGAUAAUGAUAUUUUCCUGCUUAUGGUAAAAAUAUCUCAUAAACUCAAUUUUUUGAGUUACGAUAGUCUUGUACUUAGGGUGCGAUAUAAUACAUAAAUAACUAUGUAAAUUUAUAAUUUAAAAAAUUACACAGCAACCACAACUGUAAGAAAAAACUCUCACAGGCACACAAUAUGAAUAGGGAAGCCAGAAGGAAAAUGAAGAUAAAAGUAAUGUGAUGAUAUCAACUUCGGCCUCGCCAAACUUAGUCACUGUAAAAUGCUCAAAGUAGAACAUAAAGGUGCUAUGUAUACAACUAAAGACAAGGCUCAGUGAAAUUAAUUAAAACAAUAUUUUUAUUCCAUUUUAACUUUCACGUAAAUACUUCCAAUUAAAUAAACAUUACAACAUGGAUAUAUAGGUCAAUGAUUUUAAUAAUUUAUGCUAAUUUCACGGUAGCUUAAACAAGUGACUCUAUUCCACAUUAAAUAUGUUGACCAGCAACUAUUAUGAUUUCAGUACAUGGAUAUUAUUAUUUUAUCUUUGUUCAACAUGAGUCCAGAAAUUUUUAUUUUCAACCAAAAACUGCAAUAUAUGUAGGUAAAAAUAUCAUAGAAACUCUGCAUACACCUUAAGAUGAGGCCCACACAAAUAAUUAAUAAAAACAUAUUCUAAUAUAAACGACAUACACAUUUAGUAAACUGGCCUUGGUAACAUGAAUAGUACAGGAAUAUAAUAUUAAUAAAUGAUGCCGAUUUUACAAAAACAUAAGCGUAUGUCUUUAUUCCCAAAUAAUUUUUUUGGUCAGUAGCUAUUAGGACUUUCUGGUCCAUUCAGUACAUAAAUGUUAUUUCUAUCUUUGUUUCAAGUGAGUUCAGAUAUGUUAUUAACAAAUACUGUACACACAAUAUCGCCUCUGAGCGCAAGGCUUUGGAUGGAAAUGUAUAGGACAACAAAUGUGAAAUUUGAGCGGUGACCGUAACACUGAAUGGCGGAAGAAAUGAAGAUGAAGGUUAAAUGCAAGUCCCUUGAGUGAUUUUCAAGAAUCUGCAGCGGUUGUUUUAUGCCUGUAAAUUACUCUGAGAAAAAAAAACCAACGUAUUUCA